AUGAUGGAGACCGAAGAGAUCAAAAGGCUCGCAGCCCCCCCUCAUGGCUCGCCCAGUAUUGAGGCAACGCCAACCUUUCCUGAGGAGAUCGAAGGACUCGCAGUCCCCCUUCCUGCCUCGCCUGCCAUUGAGCCGAUGCCAACUUCUCUCGAGCGGGGCAAUCCAGCUUUAGUCCCGCUUUCACCCUCGCUUGUCAUCGAGCCGAUGUCAUGGUCUCAACCUAACCCAGGCUUCUCGGAAGAAGCAAGUCAACAGACCAAGAAAUCAGACUCACAGCUUGUCAACCUGAUACCGCACCAAGAAUUUCCCGAUUCUGGGAUGAAGGAAGCUUUGAAAGUACUUAUCGAGAACACCAUCUCUGUUGUGGAGUACGGGCACCAGGUUCUAUACAGAUGUGGAUAUGCAGAGGCUCUGAUUGUCGUAGAGUGGGUUGUGCCCGAUAAACAGCUGUUGUUUGCUUCACAGAUGUUGCUCGAAAACAACUGGCCCCGCCUCCUUUACUACGAGAGAGAUUGGAAUGGUAAACCUAGAGCCCCUGAAUACUGGGAAGCUCAAUACCUGAUACACGCACUUGAUGACGAGGGCUGGAUGCGUGUCCAUCUUAUCCCUCUGUCAUUGGUUGGUUUCACUCUUGAGGACACUGUCGAGGUUCCCUCGACAUUUGCCGAUGAGCUCCACCUCCUCACCCCCAAACCUCCCCAUUACAUGUCAUCCUUGAUACGUCAUCUCUUGCAACUCCCCAUUGAUCACGAUAGCCGAGUUCGAGUCGAGAAAGACCUUAUGGGGUUUAUUUCUGCUUACAUUCUCAAAGAUGGACCCGCCAAUACGACUAUGUGGACAUAUCUCAAUGGCCAGGAGAGCGAUGAGGAUUACCAGAAAAGGGUUGAAGAAGGGGUCCGAUUCAUGAAGACAUGGGACUGGGGCAAGAUUGAGGAAAGAUACCUGGCCAUAGCUGAAUGUGCGGUCCGAGAUUGCCACUACAUCCAUACCCUGACGGCCGCUCACAAAGAGCAACAUACGCCCUGA